AUGGAGAAGAGGGAAAGAAUUAAUUGUAAAGAAGAAGUUGAGAAAUAUAUUAAAACAAUAGAAGUUAUGAAAGAAAUAGGAGAAGCAGAAAAAGGGUAUAAUGAAGAAAGAAAGAGAGCAAGGGAAGACCGAGAGAAAAAGAGAGAAAUAGGAGAAAAAGAAAGAGAAUUAAAAAAGAAAUAUAUGGAAUUUAAAACAGAAAUAAAAGAAUGGAAAGAAGAAGGGAUGGUUUUUGGAGGAUAUGAGAAAGGAGAGAAGGAAAGAGUUAAAAAGGAAAUAGAUGAAUAUUUUCAAGGAACACGAUACGACUAUGCAAUUGGAGAAACAAGUAUUGGGAAAGAAGAUUAUUUAAUAGUUAGUACAAGUAAUAGACAAUUAUAUUUUGAACGAGGAGGAAUAGCAACAAAAAGUGGUAUUAAAAUUAUGAAAAAAUUUGAAGAUAUUGGAAUAACUGAAAAAAUAGAACAAAUAUUUAAAGGAGAAGAAAUAGAAGUAGAAGAUGAGAAAGAAGAAAAAAACAAAAAUCCAAUAAUGUAUUAUUAUUUAAAUAACACAAAUUGA